CACUAGCCGGUGGAUUAGUCUCUGCAUUUCGUUACCAUAUCACCAACGGUUUUGACAUAGACACUGGUUCAGUCGCAGUAUCAGGCUUUUUGCAUUUUUUAUAAGGUCUAUGAUGGGAACCGAGAGACAAAGUCAAACGAGGUGGAAUAUGAUUGUGUUUCAAAUGGCUGUACUGCUUUGUGCCGGAAAUCAAGCUUUUGCACAAAUGAAAUACUCUGUUCUAGAGGAGGUGAAAGAAGGAACUGUUAUUGGAAAUGUGGCGAGGGAUCUUGGCCUUGACAUUACGUUGUUAGUUGACAGGCGGUUCCGCGUCGCGUCUGGACCUAAGGAGACAUUUUUUGAGGUAAACCAGAACAAUGGAGCGCUGUACGUCCAGAAGAAAAUCGACCGAGAGGAGCUGUGUCAUGAUAGCGGUGCGUGCUUAAUGGACCUAAAAAUCCUUGUUGAAAACCCUUUGGAAAUACACUACGUGGUAGUAGAGAUUUCUGAUGUCAAUGAUCACGCUCCUAGUUUCACGGAAAAACAGCAGAUGUUUGAAAUAUUUGAACAGACACUGCCAGGAAGGAGAUUCCAACUGCACACUGCUCGUGAUCCCGAUGCGGGAAUGAACUCUAUUCGUACAUACACUUUGACUUCAAAUGAUCACUUUGAAAUAGAUAUCCGCCAAAGCGAUGAGGAUAAAAUACCAUUUUUAGUGCUGAAAAAAUCAUUAGACAGAGAAAAAACGAGACAACACUUGUUAUUUGUUACAGCAGUUGAUGGAGGUAAACCUCAAAAGUCAGGGACACUAAAUGUCUCCAUUAUUGUCCUUGACAGUAAUGAUAAUCGCCCAGUGUUUAGUCAGGAACUUUACAAUAUUGAAAUAACAGAAAAUGUACCAGUCGGCACUUCAGUGAUUCAAAUGAAUGCGACGGACGCUGACGAAGGCACUAACAGCGAGAUUGAAUACAGCCUUGGAAAAACUCUUAAGAAAAACGUAUAUGAUAUGUUUGAAUUAGACAAAUUAACUGGAGUAAUAAAAGUAAAAGGAUUGGUGGACUAUGAGGAAAAUGAUAUUUAUAAACUUGAUGUUGAAGCAUCAGAUAAAGGGACACCUCCAUUAACAGGUGAGUGUAGAGUCAUUAUAAAAGUCAUAGACGUCAACGACAACCCACCGGAAAUAGAAGUAACAUCGCUAUCAAAUACGGUGUCUGAGGACUCAAAGCCUGGCACACUCAUUUCAUUACUCAGUGUGAUGGAUAAAGACUCCGGUGUGAAUGGGAAAAUAAUAGCAAGCAUAACUUCAGACGUGCCAUUUGAAUUAAAACCUUCCUAUAAGGAAAACACAUAUUCAGUUGUCACUAAAGGCGUUUUGGAUCGAGAGCAGGUGCCAAAAUAUGAAAUAACAAUAAAAGCCACAGACUGCGGUGACCCCGCCUUAUCCACCUUUAAAACUUUCAGCAUCCAGAUAUUGGACGUAAAUGACAACAGCCCACAUUUCAACGAAAACCCACUACAGUUUUACCUGUUAGAAAAUAAUGUUGCGGGCGCUUCAGUUUUCUCUGUAAGCGCAAAGGAUGAUGAUUUGAAUGGCAAUGCAGCAAUCUCUUACCAUAUUAGGAGAGAAGGGAAUCAAAAUGACAUCACGUCUUUCCUUAACAUAAACUCAGAAAACGGAGACAUUGUGGCGCUAAAGAGCUUUGAUCAGAAAACGGAGACAUUGUGGCGCUAA